AUGGCGGCGGGCACAGCGGUGGAGGGGGACGCUCUCAUGGAGGAGCUGGUGGACCAGGGCCUGGGGAUGGAGGAGACGGAUCACGGCCUGAUGAGGAGGCCCUCGCUGAAGGAGAGCUACAACAGCGACUCACUGCUGGCACCGGACACCGACUUCAUGACAGAUGACCGCAGCUCAGCAGCCAGUGGUCUGGAUGUGGCUGACCGGCUGACCUACCUGGAGCAGAGGAUGCAGAUGCAGGAAGAUGAGAUCCAGCUGUUGAAGAUGGCGCUGUCUGACGUCCUCAAGAGGCUCAACAUCUCUGAGGAGCACCAGGCUGCUGCCGCCGCCGCCACUGCUGGCAGGAGGGCGCCCGGUGGUAAAGCCAGACCAGUCUCUCUGGCUCUGCCCUCCAGGCAUCCCAUGGUCUCCACGAGUUCUGCCUCCCUGAAGAAGAGCUCCACGCUGCCCUCCAGCUCCACAGCCAGGAACUACAGCCCCACACCCCCUCGCAGUGGUGUGAAGAGCCCAGCUGGGAGUGUGAAGGACAGCCCAUGUAAGACGCCCAAAUCACGGCCCUCGUCUGCAGCCUCCUCAUGUAAAAAGGAAUGCAGCAGCAGCAGCCUGACUAAGGAGGAUGCAGUAAGUGCAGGAACCAGACGUGUGACACAGUGCAAAGUGACUAUGCAGAUCUAUCUGAGCCCCCAAGCAAGAAAGACUGGAUCUUCUGAGACCACCAAGUCGGCGUCCAAGGUGCCCGGCGGCAGCGGGCCCGCUGCCGGGCCUGGCAACCCCCAGGCGAGGGGGGGCGGCAAGACGGAGAAGAGGAGGUCCACCCCGUCCUUGACCCUGAACCUGCAGAAGACUACGACCAGCCAGAGCACGCACCAGGACACGUCCAGCCACAAGAGCCCCAUUAAGUCACCCAGCCACUACUUUCAGAUUUGUUACUGA